AUGGAAUACUGGCACUAUGUUGAAACUACGGAAUCCGGACAACCAUUACUACGUGAAAGUGAAAAGGAUAUAUUGAUCGAUCAUAACGUUGGUUUAUACCAAGGUAAAGAACGAAUUAGGAAUAGACAGAAUGGUAGGAUUUUUCUUACCUCUCAGCGUAUAAUCUAUGUCGAUUCUAAGGAACCUACAAAAUAUUCUCUUGGGAUUGAACUCGAUGAUAUAGACCAUCUGGACUAUUCUUCAAGCUUUCUUAGGAGGUCAGCGAGAUUAAUAAUAUUCAUGGAUGUUCAUUCAGCUUCUAGUGGCCUACAUAACAUCAAUAACAAACUUACUGAAGAGGUACAUACAACCACUUGGGUUUGCCCGAUAUGUAUGGUGACUAAUGAGACAGAAGGUGAAUUUAAGGCAAAUACACAACCUCCACCGGUAUGUGUCAACUGUGGUGUACCAGCUGAUUACGAAUUGACUAAAAACUCUAUUACAAUUCAAGGCAAUUCAACCGAUAGUAAUAGUCAUUCUGAUAAAAAAGAGAACAAAAAUAGUUGUCCGGCAUGUACUUUCAUUAAUCAUCCUCAAGUAAGAAAUUGUGAAAUAUGUGGAACAAGACUGAACAAUACAAAGAUAAGAAACAGAUUAGCGCUUUCAAGGAGAAAACAGGACUCCAGGUUGACCAUUGAGCUAGAUUCAAUUUCAAGUGUCAAAUCAUCCCGAAGCGCAGAGGAGUGUUUCAUACAGGUAAGUUUCAGGAAAUCAGAUGGGAUUUUAUUCUCAGAUGCUGUUGAGAAGACAAUAACCGAUUUGAAAGCUAGCACAAAAUUCAAUCGGAACACUAUUGAAAAGACUAACAAGUCUGAAGAAAAUGGUGAACUAAACUUGCUAGAGACUAAGCUGUCAAAAAUUGGAAUUACCAGUCUUGAACAUAGCAGAGAAAAUCAAAUCUUGAACAAUGACAUAAUAUUUACCAGUGCUCUGACUGACUUGGAUAAGCUCAUUUCUUUAGCUGACUCAAUUGAAAGAUUAUACAGAAAGGAAAGUAUAGACAAUCAGAGUGUUAAAAAGCCUAACCUAAUAUUAGACAGAGAUACAUUCUAUAAUAAGGAGCAGUUCCUAUCCGAAGUUUCAAGGGAGAUAUACGAUUUUGUUAAAAACGGAUUUAAGAAUAAUUAUGUAAUGAUUACGCUUGUGGAUCUCUAUGCCCUUUAUAAUAAAUCCAUGCGAAUCGGCACAGGCCUAAUAUCUCCCGCUGAAAUGCGAGAAGCAUGUGAAAAGUUCGGUAGCUUUGGCUUAAGUGAUCUCUAUCUGAAAAAAAUUAAUGGAUGUGUCUUAUGUGUCUGCACAGAUGAUGCUUUCGAUUACAUACGCCAGAAGAUAAUAGACAUUAUUGAUCGCUCACCGGGAGCAGAUCUCCUAACUUUAACGCAAAAGUUUAACGAUGAGCCCAACAAUAAUUGGGGAAUUGGUGUCAUUCAGGAGGUCCUGAAAAGUUGUAUUGAUGAAGGACAACUAUUAAUUGACAAGCAAAUUAGUGGUAUUUACUACUAUUGUAACAAUGCUUGGAAACUCUGA